AUGGGUUUAUUUAAUGGUGAUAAUCAAGAGAAGAAUGUUACUAAAUAUAACGAAACCUUGUUAGGGGACACUUCUUCUAUUUCCAAUAAUUCAAGUGCCAAACCGAUUUCUACUAACCUUUUAAGUGAUUGGUGGUCUCAAACACAAGACUUAUAUUCCAAUGUUUUUAACCAACCAGAUCAAUUCUGGAAAUCUGCCUAUGACGAUUUGUUACUAAGAUCCGGCGACGCUAUCGGUACUAUGUUGGAGAAUUUAGGCAUGCCUGGUAACUUCGGUACUCCUUACAAAAUGAGUUCUCUUUUUAAUAAUGAUGAGCAAUUUGUUGAUGCCAAUGUAGAUGAAAAAAAUAAGUUGAAAAUUAGACCCACUUUGUAUGCCUACAAAACACCAAGCGAUCGUCAAUAUUCUCAAUGUGUAACCAAUGCUGGGCUUGGUGUUUGGGAUGUCAAUGGGUUUUGGAGAUGCUUGUUUCCCCAGACUUUUCUAAAUGAUAAAAAGGUAAACGAAUUAAGCAAAGACGAUGUAGAAAAGGAUAUUGAUCACAAGAUGGGAUUGUUUUUCAAAGACUACACAGGCUUUUUGUCUUGGAGAAACCAUAUGUUAAAAUUAGCUAAUGAAAAGAAGAAGCAAAUACAACAAAAGUCUUUGUUUUUCACCGAUAACUACGAUGGUGGUCAAAAUGAUGAUAUUGCAGGUAAUGGUGGUAAUGUUAUUGGUACCUCUAAAAUGUUAAAUUACAACUAUACAGAUGAAGGAAAAGAGCAAGUCAAGGAAACCAAGACUUAUUACAAUGAUGGUAAAGUCAAAGUUGUUCGUGAAAGAAAGUUAUAUCCUAAAGACGGUAGUGGUGAUGUUAAAGUAGAGACUAGCGAGAAAAUCUUAGAUAAUAAUGAUAUUGAUAUCAACGAGUGA